AUGGAUGUGGGAAGUGUGGCCAUCUUCUGUGUAAUUUUCAUCACCGGUUUUCCAGGAAACACCAUUAUCCUGGCAGCAUAUGCCAUUAAACCGCAAAAGAAGAGCACGGACCUAUUGAUUAUAAUCCAAGCUUUGGUAGAUCUGAUUGCUUGUAUCACCCCUCAGCCUGAGAUGAUCAGUGGAGUGGCCAUCUGCUGGAUAACUCUAAUUAUCCGUCUCUCAACAUCGCUUGGUUCUCUCUUCUUGACAUUCGUCAUUGCUGUUGACCGGUAUGUUACAGUCUGCAGACCUUUUGGUCGUCAUCUGACGAAAACCCAAGCCGUUGCCCUAGCGAUAGCAAGUCUGGCAUUCUCCCUCCUCGUCAAUCUUACAACACUUGGGUACUUCAAAGUCAUAGACGUUAAAUCGGCGGGUUGCAUUUGGUCUGUUUCCGCGUCUUCACUACAGAUUUCUAUGAAGGUAGUCCAAACCGUCUUGUUCUUUGUUGCGGUGGUCGUAAUCAUGUUUUCUUACACUAAAAUAUUCAUAUUGAUACGUCGGCAAGCCAGGGUCAGAUCUGAAAUGGAUGCCGGUCUUGCAAGCCACACCGGUGCCACAAUGAAUUCUGACAUUGGAACCAUUUCUGAGUCUGUAACGGCAUCUGAUAGAGGUUCCAGGAAGGCAUUGACAAAUCAAAUUGCACCAACAGCAAACAGGCAGUCCUCCCUGAUAGAUGAAAGCAGCGGAGUUCACAAUCCGGGUUAUCUAGAAGUACCAUCCUCUAGACCUUGUGGUGAACCUUCCAACUAUGGACGUGCGCUCACCAACCCUCCCGAAGGAUACGUUGCCGAGAGGGAUGGACCGCCUUCAACCAGCAUGGAGAUAUCUGCUACUCAAAGUUCCUCUGCAGCCGUUGGACACCCGAGUCAGCCUGGAGAAAACAGCGGAUACAAUAGACCUACCAGAAGGGUCCAUGGCGACCGGACCACUAAAAUGCUUCUUUUUAUCACCGUAGUUCUCAUCAUGUCCUGGAUACCGUACGUCCUCAUCUUUGCUCUCCCUGCUCACGCUUACAUCUACCUCGUGACAAGAAUCACAAGCCAUCAUGUUGUCUACUCAUUGGCUCGUAUCAGAGGCUUUAAUCACAUGAUCAACGGCUUCGUCUACUGGGCCGUGAAUCCUGUCUUCAGACAAGACAUGAAGCAAGUUUUCAUUCGUCUUAGGAAGUUGACAAACCGAUAA